AUGUCUCCACCGCCCGUUGUCGACUACGAAGACUUUGAUGAGACCCACCUACCUUCCGCCUUCGUCACCCGCACGCACGUCGAAAUUCUCCUAUUUCUGCUCGCCAGCUUAGCACGAACUGUUCGAAGCAUUUCUGAUACACAACAGACUCUUUCGGUUCUUCCUCUCAACGUCCACAAGUCCACACAACCUCCGACGCCUUAUCAACAGCGUCUCGCAGCUCUUCCACCACCUUACCGGCUAUCAUACACCAGCCAGCAUCCUCGUCCUCUCUCCAUUCACCACCGACGCACAUCUCCAACUGUACCAAUGGCGCCCAAGUCGAACCCAGGAGAAGGCAAGAAGACCAUGCGUCCCUCUGACCAUUCGCCGUCUCCUACCUCUCCACCUUCCCUCGACAACGACGCCCUCCAACAUCACGCACUCAGCAACACCCGAGCCACCGACCUGGUGAAUACGGCCGCGUACCGUGAAUGGCGCGCCAACAACCCACAUCCCAUACGCACAUGCAACCAACUGGCCCGCCUAUACAACGACGCCCAAGCUGCGGGCAACAUGCCGAACCCUGGUGAGGUGCCAUGGGGAUCCGGUCACUGGGAGUGGCUAGAACCUCACGACGGCGUGGUGGCAGCUGAGAUGGGUUACAGCAGCCAUCAGCAAGUCGAGCGGACACGGCAAGCCGGCCGUCUGCCCAACAACACCAAUCGUGCUACACCUGCAGACGUUGGCCCGAACACGGUGUGGGUUCCUGUCCGCGAUGCUUGGAAUCCAAGUAGACCUUCGACUCGGCACGGCUUCUACGCCUUCGUUGCCCAUGGUGACCGUGCUCUGGCAAGGAUCAACCUGGGUGGGCAAGAUGCAUACGGUCUUGGUGAUCGAGCAGACCCAACUGCCGAUGAGGUCUUUGCUGUUCGCCGGCGCCAGCAAGGUCGCAUGGCUGCUGAUGAAGACGUGCUCGACCCCACGGAUGGUAUCGAUCUUGUAUGGGUUCCUGAGGGCACACCGCCAGCUGCUGCGGGAAGCGAUGGUGAGCCCGUUGUCGGCAUCGGUAAUGGCCAGGUCGAUAAGGAGACCAAGCUCACCCACGAGCCUACGAAUGGUGAGGCAGGUGGUGAGCACGACCAGACUGGCGAUGAAACAGCUCAUUACCAGAGCCGUCUCUUCGAUGGUCGUCAAGUUACCGUCGAUCGUUCCGUCGCUCGUCUUGGUCAGCCAGAAGCGCACAAGCGUUUCAUUGUGAGCAAACGCGGCAAAUUCGCCCAAUGGCUCGGCUACGCCAAGAUGAGCUGGGAGUCCAAGGAGGACUUAAACAAGCUCAACAAAUGGCGCGAGAUGACUUCCGAGCGUAACUUCUGGCCCAACAAGCGCAAGAAGGCAUACAUCGACUACACCAACCCGCAGAAGAAGUACCUCUUCGACAUGCUGGUGAAGGCCGAUGGUCGUCGUCGUCUAUUGGGCGGUGCUGCUGAGGCGUUGAAGGAUUUCAACGACAAGUUUCCGAAUGCCCAGCGCAGCCAGACCAGCGUCGACGCCCAGCUUGCGCGGAUGGCGGAGAUGUGGCGGGACUUCAAUGGUGUCUUCCAGCCAGGGCCGGGUAAGAAGAACAAGAAGCGCAAGGAGAGCGGUGACGAGGAGGGGAGUGAGGGCGGUGAUGGUGAUAGGAAGGAGGGUGGAGACAAAAAGAAGAAGAAGAGGAGGAGGGAUGGAAAGAAGUGA